AUCAGAUCAUUUACUUUGGUUGUCUCUUUUGGCAUGGUGCUUAUGUUAUGGGAAGAGGGAUUAUAAUUUGGUGCUGUUUAUAGAGGUGAUAACACUGAUAGAAUCCAAUCAUUGCUGGUCUCAGCACACCUGGAAAGUCCUGCGAAGUCCCAGCUACAGAAAGUGCAGAGACAAGUAAAACCCUUCAUGACCCUUGACUACCAAAUCGUCAACCAGACUCUUAAACGGUCACAGCCUCCAACGCCAAGCAGUGCGCUUCUGCUACAGCAUGGGCACCCUUCUCCCGAGAGUGACACUGGCCUUACUGGAAAUCCACUCACCAAGUUACUAACUCUUGGGAAAGAAGAUGACAAUGUGGAAUGGCAUAUGGAAGACGUUAUUGAGGAUAUAAUCGGUAUGGAAUCAAGUUUUAAAGAGGAAGGAACAGACUCUCCUCUGCUAAUGCAAAGAACAUUAUCUGGAAGUAUUUUGGAUGUGUAUACUGGUGAUCAGGGAAUUUCUCCAGUUAAUAUGGGCCUUACAAGUGCUUCCUGUCCAAGUAGUCUGCCAAUGAAAAGAGAAAUUACAGAAACAGAUACACGAGCUUUGGCAAAAGAGAGACAAAAAAAGGACAACCACAAUCUCAUUGAAAGAAGAAGAAGGUAUAACAUUAAUUACCGAAUCAAGGAGCUUGGCACUCUUAUUCCAAAGUCUAAUGAUCCUGAUACGCGCUGGAACAAAGGAACCAUUCUGAAAGCAUCAGUGGAGUACAUCAAGUGGCUACAAAAAGAACAACAGAGAGCUCGAGAAUUAGAACACAGACAGAAGAAAUUAGAGCAGGCUAACAGGCGGCUUCUACUCCGAAUUCAGGAACUAGAAAUACAGGCUCGUGCUCAUGGUCUGCCAGCCCUGGCUUCACUUGGCACAGUUGAUUUAGGUGCUCAUGUCACCAAACAACAGACCCAUCUUGAGCAGAAUUCAGUAGACUAUUGCCAACAACUGACUCUGUCUCAGGGGACCAGCCCUGAGCUCUGUGAUCAAGCUAUGGCCUUCUCUGAUCCUUUGUCACACUUCACAGAUUUAUCAUUUAGUGCCUCUUUGAAAGAGGAACAAAGAUUGAAUGACAUGCUACUGGAUGACACAGUAUCUCCAUUUGGAACAGAUCCUCUGCUGUCUGCCACUUCCCCUGCAGUUUCCAAAGAAAGCAGUAGGAGAAGUAGUCUUAGCUCAGAUGAUGGCGAUGAGUUAUAAAAAACAGACAGGCUCGAUUCAUCAACUGGGAAGCAAUUCUAUGCAGGUGCUAUGCAAUUACGUUCUGUUUCAUAUAUUGCUUUGGCUUAAUUUUUCCAAAAGGAAUAUACCGUUCAAGAGAAACUGAUUAUAAACGACAGAAGAAUUCACAGGAAGAAGAAACAUGGUGUUGAAGAUUAUUGAGAACAAAAAAGGAAUUUUUCCUCUUUGACUAAGAUGUCCAAAUCUGCUUAAAUUUUGUUUUCCUGGAAAGAGGUACAACAUAAGAAAUAGCUCUCUACUGAUGUUUUAAAAGUAGCAAUGGAGUGAUGUAACAUUGGAACUAACACACUGCAGGGAGUAAACCUACUGAAAUAUACAAACCUUUUCUUAUUCGCUUCUAACUCCUUCCUAGUCCAGUCUUACCUUAGUUUUCAAGUAUCAAGCUCAACAGACUUGGUAGUUCAUUGCCUUUCUCCACUAUCUAAUGGGAUGUGUUGGUUAAAGUUCAAAUUUGAUAGAGGAAAUAGUUAAAAGACACUGUUAUCUGUCACUUCUAAUUGAAAAGUGAAUCUAUAAUGAACAUUAGAAUUUUCCGCAAUAAAAUACCAAAAAUAUAUAAAAACUUUGCUUUCUAAAAUUAGGCCCUAAUUCCUUUAGUCAGUUCAAUUAUAGUAAUUCUAAGAAUAUCUUUGCAUAUUUAUGGAGACAUUCUAUGUUCAAAGAAGGAACACACUGAAUACUUUCCUUAAGAAUCUGCACUGAAAAUUUACCACUUCACACAAACAUACACUUACACACAGGCACACAAUGUAGGUAGUAUAUUUCCUUUUUGUUUUCCUUCACUUUUGUGAUUUUCUAAUCAGCAUCAGAAACCACAGUCCAAAUCCUCUCUUUUUCAACAAAAAGAGAUGUUGGAUAAUCAAUUUCAGUAAGUAAAAUACAUACACACACACACACACACACACACACACACACCCCUACUAGGAGAAUUCCUCAGCUAUCUAAAAUUUAUCGCUGUCUCUAAAAAUGCAUGUAAAUUAAUUAGGUGAUACUGUUUUGCUCCAAAUUGACAACAUGGAAAAUUAGUUUUCCAACUGACAAAAUCAUUUGUAAAACAGACUCUUCGUUAUUACGUUGAGCUCUGACUGGAGGACAAAUCUCCAUUCCCGUAAGUACUUAGAGCACCCUCUGACUUUGCUAGCUAUAUUAGUAUUUGUUAAAAAUUGUGUGACUAUAAUGCUUUAUUCAAAAUUUUCUCUUUUGAGCUUGGGAUUGGGGUUGACCUACCAAGGCUGUUGCUCAGUGCUGGACUUCUAUGAUUGCUCAUCUGAUCAAUGAGUAUUUUAUGGAGAGAUACUCAAACUGCAAUGCAUCCUGUGAAAAUGUAGAACACAUGAGCAAGAUAUGGUCUUACUCCUCAGAGAGUAACAAGACUGCAUGAGAAACAACAGCAGAAGAUAGAAGACACACGAAUUAAACUCUACAUGAAAAAUACAGAGUUGUAUAUACAGCCGAAAAUUUGCAUGUGCCUGAAGGUUUUACGAACCUCCUGAAUGUCUCAUUGAAUGCCAGGUAAAGAAUUCCUCUAUCAGUUCUGUUACUUUAAUGGAUAGAAUUGUAGCUAUGUAUCUUUCAAGAGCUAAGUGAGUAGUUAAUGUUAUAUACAGUGAUGGAGGAGGGAGCCCUAGUUAUCUGUAUAUCACUCUCUCAACUCCCAAAGUGAGGAGGUUGCCUAGGAAAGUGAAAGUAUACCAAACACUAGACUAUUCACAAAGGAAGUAGACCCCUUCUUAUAAAGACCCCUACUUAUAAAGUAGACCCCUUUCCCUGUUGUUUAUAUACCUCCUGUUAUAUACUCAUGUUAUAUAUUCAUAGGCCAGUUUCUCUAUGAUUAUUGGAUAUUGUAAACAUCUGAUGUUAACAUUUUAAAAUGAGCAUAUAAAUAUCAAAAAUAUAUAAAUCAAAAGCAAAUUAUUUGAGUACCUAAGAAUCAAGAGAGAUCCUGGGGAAACUGAUGGAUGUCUAGAAUAUUUUUGUAGAAAUGAGACUUACUACAGUAAAACAGGUAUAUUAUUUAUCAAACAAUUUUGUUACAAAAAGCAUCGGCUAUCGCUGGACUCUAAUAUACAAUUAACCAAGCUUUGUUCAUUCAAAGAAUCAAUGUAUUAUUGUAAUUAUAAUAAAGUUUGUUUAAAAUAAGAUAAAAGUUUUAUUUUAAUUACUUUCUGUUAUCUUUUCAAGAUAAUGUCUCAUUCAAUCUUUUGUCUCUACUUAUUAUAAAAUAUUGGCUAUCAUCUUUUCAUGGAUUCACAUUAAGCAGCCUUUCUAAUUCCAAAUUAUCUUGAAAUAACAAGUGCCUCCUAUGAGUACCUCUUCAUAUUGUUUUCUUUAUUAGUGUCCUUUCCCAUAACUGCAGAAUUUAUACAUACAGACUAACUUUUCUCAGUUUACGGACAUGAUAUCAGUGACUAUAGCCUUCUUUCUGUGGGUACAAAAGCUCUAAAUAAUAAAUACCCAGAUGAGCUAGGGACAUUGAGAAAUAGCCUUCCUCGUUUUUUUUAACUCAUUUUUUUCCACUCACAUGACUGUAAAUAAAAUAUUUAAUAGCUCUUACUUUAAAAAAAUUAGGCAUGAGUUUCUUGAUUUGGCAUGCUCAUUUACCUUUAUGUCAGGGGAGAAGUUAGAUUUCUCAACAUUAAGAAGAAUGUAUUUUUUCUUUGUUUUGCUAGAUUGAGUCAUAUUUGAAUUUUAUUAUACUUCAAAGUGUCAUGAAAAUACUUUUUUGCGGUUCUGAUAUUGUGGAAUUUUGAUGUUUAAAUUAAUAAAUGUCAUAACUAUAAGUGUUUUAAUGUUUUUACAAUAUCCCUAGGCUGAUAUUUAGUGAUCUUAUAAUAUCUAAGAUGUAGAUGAAAACUGGAAUCAAUUAAUCAUUUGCUGUGUUAUCAGCACUAGAUCAACCAUCUGGGUUUCUUGAAAACACCUGAAGGAUUGAAUUUUGCUUCAGUAUUGAUAAUGACACAGCCCAUAUACGCUACAUGGAAUGACAUCAUUUGCCCUUCCAGUGGCCCGCAUGUUGAUAAGUAUAAGAUGUCAACUUGAGUUAGUGUAAGUUAUAUAUACAGAGAUUUCAUUAAAUGUGCUUAACAAAUACUGAACACAUUUAGAGUGUUGCUGAUUUAAUGUGUCAUAUGACCUUCCUAUAAUCAUUAGUCUUUGCAUAUACCAAUAUUUUUCAUUUGCAUAAUAUUUAAUUUGUAAACAAGGAAAUGAUUAAAAAACUGAUAAAAAUAGUUAUCUUAAAAUUUUUGUGUUACCUUUUUUCUGUGAAGUUCAUAGAGAAUUUGAGUGUAUAAGAGAUUAUCAGAAAAUACUUAUUUUGAUUAAAAAAAAAACAACCUCCCACUGGAUUCAACUAAUUGAAUCAUGAAAUGCUACUAUUCAUUGUUGUAUACAUAAAAGGGAAUGUUUUGUCUUCUUCUUGUGAAAGGAUUUGUGUAUGUAUUUCUACAUAUCCAAAUUGUUUCUCUUAACCCUCAGUAAAAUGUGUUUUUCCUACAUUUAUUUAAUAGGCUUCAAGAAUAAAGCUAAAGACUUUUGUGUUUGCAAUGCUACCUCCCCCAUUCCUGCACUACCAUUUUUUUUCAAAAUUUCUGUAUUGUCAACUUUAUUUUUUCCAAAGAAAUAAAUUCUAUCUCUGUGUUAUUUAAAACUGGUGGUUAUAUGUAACAAACAAAUGAGAAAAUAUGCAAAAGAAAUGGUAGAUUAUUAUUUUGCUGAAAGAAUUAUAUACGAUCAGAAAGUUACAUGUUAUGUUAAUCUUUAAUAUACUGAAGUUUAAAAACUAACUAAAUUCAAGGAUCUUAUCUAACAGCACUGCAGUUGCUUAUGGCAUACAAGGCUAAAACUAAUUUAGCUAUUUAAUCUUAAUAAUAACAAUGUAGUUAAAAAUCUUUGACUUUAAUAGUGUUCUAUAUAUAUGAAUAGCUAAAGUAAUGUUCCUAUAACUGUAAUCUAACAUUGCUUAGAUCAAGAAAACAUUGCUAGUGUAAUGAGACCAUAGGAUUUGUAAUUAUUGCUAUUUUUCAUUUUUAAUAACAAAGUAUGUGUCUUAUUUUAUAGGAAAAUGAAGAAAAUUGGUGUAUACUCUAAUACAUACAUAAAUCUUUGUGCACACGCUUUAAAAAAUGUACCAAUAUUUUCUUCGUAUAUAUUAAAUGAAUGCAUACACUUA